UAGUAAACUUGUGUUUGACUUGUAUCCAGUUUUUUUUUUGUUGCAAGAAGAUUGAGCUUCAAAUAACUGAGCUCUUUACUAGAAAUUUUUGCGCCUUUCGUUGAUCAGUUGGCUUUCAAAUCGUCGAUUCACUCGUUCUUAUUCAUAUUUGCAUUAUUCAUUUCGUUAUAGAUCUCUUUGGGUCUUGUUCAUUUUGAUCGGUUACUUAUUUAUUUAUUCAGCUGUUGAUUCGAGAAAAGUUUUUUUUUUGCAAUCAUGGCCCAACGAGAUUUAACUUUUAAUACUCCUCAAGUAAAUGUCUUGAGUGAAGACUCAAGAAGACCUUCUAGUGAGCUUCAUAAUCAAAAUCCUUUUGUCAACCCUACUGAAGAAGAAGAGACUGCUUCUUCAUUUGAUGGCCAAUCUUAUAGUCAAUCGGACGAAGAUACUUACGGUAGACCUUAUAAUGGGUAUUAUAGUCAAAAUGGUACAACUUCAAACUUAUUAUCAUCCCAACAUUCUUCAAACGAAGAAAACAUUUUUGCCAAUGCUAGAAACCAUACUACUUCUAAUGAUUCAAAUAAUAUUAAUGCUCCUCCUGCUUACGAUAGGUAUCCUUCGAUGGCUAAUUCAAGAGUGGUAUCAAGUACUUCCCUCAACUCUCUUAAUAAUCAAAAUAAUUCCGGCAUUGAUGAUGAAUCUUUAACUGAUCCAUUUUUACAUAGUUCAGAUUUUAGCCCUUUUGGUGGUUAUCCUGCUCAACUGUUUCCUUUACAUAUAGACGAAAAAGAACCUGAUGAUUAUUUGCAUAAUCCAGAUCCAAUUGCUGACGCCCAUUAUGAUAAACAUCGUUUCCUUUAUGAUCUUAAAAGAAUCGAUAAAAGAUCUUUUGGUGGGAUUUGUGGGAUUUUAUCCUUAGCAAUCGUGGCAAUUGUUAUUUUUGUUAUCUUACCAGUUUUGACCUAUUCUGGGGUUACUUCUCCUUAUAAACCAGAAUCUUACGAAAAAUUAUCUCCAUAUUCGUAUCCCUUGGUUUCUUCAAUUAGAACUAGUUUAGUUGAUCCUGAUACUCCAGAUGAAGCUAGAAAAAUUAAAAAUUCAAAAGGUAAAGAAUGGAAAUUGGUUUUCAGUGAUGAAUUUAAUGUCGAAGGUAGAACUUUUUACGAAGGUGAUGACCAAUUCUUUUACGCUCCUGACUUUCAUUAUGCUGCAACUCAAGAUUUGGAAUGGUAUGACCCUGAUGCUGUUACUACUAAAAAUGGUACUUUGAAAUUAAGAAUGGAUGCUAUUAAAAAUCAUGAUUUAUUCUACAGAUCAGGUAUGCUUCAUUCUUGGAAUAAAUUAUGUUUCUCCCAAGGUUUAAUUUUAGUUUCAGCUCAAUUACCUUUCUACGGUAAUAUAUCUGGGUUAUGGCCUGGUUUAUGGACUAUGGGUAACUUGGGUAGACCAGGUUAUAUGGCUACUACUGAAGGGGUUUGGCCUUAUACUUAUGAAGAAUGUGAUGCAGGUAUCACUGCAAAUCAAUCUUCGCCUGAUGGUAUUAGUUAUUUACCAGGUCAAAGAUUAAAUAAAUGUACUUGUCCAGGUGAAGAUCAUCCAAAUCAAGGGACUGGACGUGGUGCUCCAGAAAUUGAUAUUUUAGAAGGUGAAAUUGAUACUACUAAAUAUCAAGGUAUUGCAUCUCAAUCUUAUCAAAUUGCUCCAAUGGAUAUUUGGUAUUAUCCAGAUUAUAAUUUUGUUGAAAUUUAUGAUCCUGAUAUUACUACUAUGAAUACUUAUACUGGUGGUCCAAAUCAACAAGCUGUUUCUGGUACCACUACUUUAAAUACUAAAUGGUAUGAAGGUGAAGGUUAUUUUCAACAAUAUGGGUUCGAAUGGUUGUCACAUGAUAAAGAUGGUUAUUUAACUUGGUAUGUUGGUGAACCAACCCUUACUGUUCAAGCUCAGGCAUUAGCUCCAAAUGGUAAUGUUGGUUGGAGAAGAUUAUCAAAAGAACCAAUGUCAAUUGUUAUGAAUAUGGGUAUUUCAAAUAAUUGGGCUUAUAUUGAUUGGAAUGCUUUACAAUUUCCUGCUACUAUGAGUGUUGAUCAUGUUAGAAUAUAUCAACCAGAAGAUGAAAUUAACGUUACUUGUGAUCCAGAAGAUCAUCCAACCUCUGAUUAUAUUGAAAAUCAUGCUAACGCUUAUCAAAAUGUUAACUUAACUAGUUGGGAAGAUGCUGGAUAUAAAUUUCCAAAAAAUAAGUUAGUUCACAAAUGUUAA